AAACAAAACAACAAACAUGGAAAGGGAAAAUUACAUUUUAAAUAAGCUUUUGGUUCCUUAUCCGGGGACUAGGAUGCAGGUUGUGAUUGGCUAGUGGAGUCACAUGGUGAAAGUAACUUUACGGGGUCGCCAGCUAGUAGGAGGGCUUUAUGGAGCAGAAAAACGACAAAGCGAGAAAAAUUAUUUUCCACUCCAGAAAUUAAUGAUCAUGAGUUCGUAUUUGAUGGACUCUAACUACAUCGAUCCGAAAUUUCCUCCAUGUGAGGAAUAUUCGCAAAAUAACUAUAUACCAGAUCACAGUCCGGAAUUUUAUAGCCGGUCCAGGGACACUGGAUUUCAGCAUCAUCACCAGGAACUGUACCCUCCAAGAACAGCCUACACAGAGCGCCAGUACAGCUGUGCCAGCAGCAUCCAGGGUCCAGGAAACCCAUCCACACACACGAGGGUUCAUGGGCAACCUCAAAGCAACCACCUUGUAGGCAAACCCCAGAUUUGUGAACAUCCAACACCAGCUCUUCCUACCAACACUACCACCUCUGCCACUCCAUCCCCAGCACCCCCAGCUUGCAACCAGGCAAAUCCUGAGCAUCCUACCAGCACAGCCACUAAACAACCUAUAGUGUACCCCUGGAUGAAGAAAAUACACGUCAGUACUGUGAACCCUAAUUACACUGGGGGUGAGCCCAAGAGAUCCAGAACUGCUUAUACAAGGCAGCAAGUCUUGGAACUGGAGAAAGAAUUUCACUAUAACAGAUAUCUGACCAGGCGAAGGCGCAUUGAAAUAGCCCACUCGUUGUGUCUUUCGGAAAGGCAGAUCAAGAUCUGGUUUCAGAACAGGAGGAUGAAAUGGAAAAAAGACCACAGAUUACCUAACACUAAAGUCAGAUCCUCUGCCUCCUCUAAUGCGUCCAGCAACAUCAUUGCUUCUAAUUCUGCUCCCAACGAGGAUCUAACGCAAAGCUCAGCUCAGGACCAGCGGGAGGAUAUUACAAGGUUAUAAAUACACUACAAAUAAACAAAACAGAAAAAAAACUACACACAA